AUGUUCUCAUCAACGGGAAAGCGCUGUUUUACCAUUGAGUCUUUAGUGGCGAAGGAAAGCCCUUUGACACCAGAAGACCAUAUUCGCCCCACCGCCCUAAGCUACGCAGCCCCUGCUGACAGUUUUCUGACCGGUUAUCAAAGCCCCGCGGGCCGCGCGCUCUACCCGAACCCCGAAUUGGUGUUUUCGGAGACUGUGAACCAGGCACCUCUGAGCAUGCACGCACACCAGCUUGGCAACACACACCUGCAGCACCCACACUUCUUUGGCACGCAACAUCGUGAACCACUGAAUUUCUACCCAUGGGUCCUACAGAACAGAUUUUUUGGACAUCGGUUUCAAGGUAACGAAGUCUCACAGGACACGUUGUUACUGCACGGACCUUUCGCGAGGAAGCCAAAACGGAUCCGCACCGCGUUCUCGCCCUCUCAGCUGCUGCGCCUGGAGCGAGCCUUCGAGAAGAACCAUUAUGUUGUCGGAGCAGAGCGGAAACAGCUCGCUAACAGCCUCAGUCUAUCUGAGACUCAGGUGAAAGUGUGGUUCCAGAACCGCAGGACCAAGUACAAGCGACAGAAGCUGGAGGAAGAGGGCCCAGAGUGCACACAGAUGAGGAAGGGAAACCACCACAUUAACCGCUGGAGGAUUGCCACCAAACAGACCGGCGCUGAGGACAUAGAUGUCAUGUCGGAUGCUUAAAAAAACAACAACCUAAUCACUGCCCAAAUGAACAAUCAAGACCAAGAAAAGCACUAUUUAAUAGCCAUGCUAUUUCAGAUUAUAACCCUAAUUGCAGAGGACCUGACCACAUGGGUGUGGUAAUGUUAAGGAUGAGUUAAACUGAUUAGCAAGUAAUCUACUCCGAGGACUGAACACUUUAGCCAUUAAAAUACCUCAGCUGGAAUGACCCAAUGCUUGAGAGAUAUAUCUCCUGAGAGAGUAAGUUAAUUUAUCCAUCUAUUAACUCCUUCUCUCUCUUUGAUAAGAUGUUGUACUUGAAACAUUUAAUUACUAUUGUUUUGUUGUCUUUGCAUAGCACCACUUUAAGUUUAACAGACAUGAAUUUAAGACAUGAAGAUGAAACUGGUGGCAGUUUUUGUUAUUAUAUAUAUUUUUAACAUUACUAGUCUGUAGCAACUGAAAACUAACUUAAAAUAAUGCAAGUGAUGUGAGGAAUAAGUUUCCCAGCCAGUUUUAACAUGAGCCAUCCUGUACCCAGAGCAUAGAGGCAAGUGUGUAUGUGUCUGUGUAAAUAAUGGUCUCUGUAUUAAAAGGAGUUUAGGAAAAACAACUGGAGAGUUCGAGUAUAACAUGGAGAGCGUGUGUGUGAGUGAUUUGUAUGCUGUCAUUCAGUUGGCCUACUGAAAAAUACAAGCUGAUGUAUGCAGGUUUCUCUGUUACAGCUCCUUGAUCAUUCUUCCAGAAUCAUAAACUAAGCUGAAUGUUUGCCAAUUAACAUCAUUAGCUUAUUUGUAUAGUGUUCAUUCAUCUACAUUUUCAAGAAAAAAAAAGAUAGAAAAUGUUCAUAAUUAAUAAAAUUGUU